GGAAGCCGUUCCUAGCCUUCUAGAAGCAAACGGUUGCUUCCUCGCUAAUGCCACCGGGCGUCGUUUGACUUUCCACCUGAGAUAAUAUUCGCGAACCAGCACUCACCGGUUAAGGUCGGCAGAUGGGCAUGGCACUGCUUCUUGAGCGAACCACUGCCUCUUGACAGUGACGAUCAGGCUGAUCGGUGAUGGGAAUUGGGGGGCCAUACCCAUAUCCAUCCGACCUCAGCUCAGUGACGCAUCCCUCCUAUAGACAUGUCCAAAACGCCCUUCGACAUAGAUCCCCACGAUCGCAUCCCCAGCUAUGAAGAGGCGGUCGCUAUCUCACCCAAAGCAUCAGCCCAGGACUCAAGAACGAGAACAGCGUCGAGCACCUCCUUGAUCCGUCAACAACGUACUCGACGUAUCUACGAGCUGGUCGUAGAGUCUCUCAUACCCUGUUUUGCGACACAUGUGUCCAACCUGUGCAAUCAUGUUACCGUUGUUGUCGUUCCAGCGGACAUUCUGACGUCGACAAGAACUCUGACCGAGCAGAACAUUGUUUCUCCCUCAAUACCCAGCCACCAGACCACCGGGGUCGUCAUUACCCUUUCCGGGACCGAGAAUCACUCCUCCUUCUGGACACAGCAAGCAGUGGUUGAAGAACUGGAUCUCUUGCUCAGGGGAGAGCUCUCGAAUCCAUCCGCAGCAGAGGAGACACGAUCUGACAGACGGGAUGAAAAGUCUCAACCUCAAUCACAACUCCAACCACAGUUCCAAGUCCAACCCGCACCAGAAACUCAGUUACCACCCCGUCCCACCAAGACGUCGUGGUUCAAACGGGCCUUUUCUCUCCCCGGGCCAGACCACGAUCCGACAGGUGAGACAGGCAAAUGGAAUCUGGGGUGGCGCAGUCCCGAGUUCUCUGAAUCGAGCACCGGAGACAGUAGUUCAAUGCCGAAAAGACGCGAAGGGAGCAGAGCACUCCAGACAGACGAGGUGGCAGUGCAGACAAGAUUACAUGAUGUGAGUUUUCGAACAGAGAACGAAAUGGGGCUUUUGGAGACGACCACGAUCAAGUGCAUAUGGAUAGAAAUCGAGGUUGGCCUAUAGCACCGUCCACAGCAAACCCGUCAAUAGACCAAACAUCCCACCGCGUGUCUGGCGGUUGGCAAUAGCAGAUUCGUAACCCGA